AUGGUUCGUCGGCGCGCUGCUUCUCCCAAGCCAUCAGCUCCAGUUAGAUCUGCUGCUCCUCCUCCAGCUAGAGCUGCUGCCCCAGCUCCAGCUCCCGCUCCAGCCCAAUCCUCUUGGGGAAGACCAGCUGCUCCUGCACCAACUGCAGCUCCUACCCCAAUGCCCGGUGCUGCUCCUUCCCAAGGACCAGGACUCAUGGCUCAAAUGGCUGCUACUGCCGGAGGAGUUGCUAUCGGAAGUGCUGUCGGACAUACCAUUGGACACAUGAUGACUGGAAGCGGAUCUUCAAGUGAAGCUGCCCCAGCCCCAGCUCCAGCUGCUGCUCCUCAACAACAACAAUAUGGACAACCCUGCGAGUUCGAAUGGAAGCAAUUCAUUGAAUGCACCCAAACCCAAGGAGAUGUCUCUAUGUGCAAUGGAUUCAAUGAAGCUUUCAAGUCAUGCAAAGCCCGUUACGUUUAA